UAGGCUGCUUAAUAAUCUGUUGUAAACUGAUGUAAUGAGAAAAAUUGGUUUCACAUAGUUUUAGAGCAGGCGAGUAAGCUAUGCCAUAGAAGUCAAAGAAUUACAGCAAUUAACACUAAUUAAUAGCCCACUUACAAUGUAUCAUACACGAUAAUUGGUAUUCAAGUUUAGUUUCCAAACGUUAAAUUUUAAAUUUAACUACCUAUUGCUUCCAGAUAUUUGACAAAUCAAUGCUGUUGAUUCCAUGGUACUUUACAAUUGAACAAUUUACUGUUAAUUAAUAAAUUGGAUAAAGCUAUAAAAUGAUCGUAAAACUCGAAUAGAAUUUCAAUAAAUGUAUUUGGAGUAAUUUGAGGUGAACGUUCGAAGAAAAUGGCGGUAUGAUCCCAACUGAGGUCUCAGGGCUCAGAUGACUUAUGGCGAGAACGAGGCUGACACAGUUCAUACUUUAUGGAAUUUUGUCUUCGUUGAGCAUUACAAGUGUAACAUGUGAAUCAAAGAACAAUGAACACCUACAAACCGAGGUAGAUGACAACAACAAUGCUAAUGUCCACGAAGAUGUUCAUUCUGACCCACAUGCAAUCUCUUCGUCAUUCUUUGAUAACGGUGAUUUUCUCGGAAACGUCGUGAGUGCAGACGAUGUAGAUACAGUUAUGGCUAUGUCUGGGACCGGGGGUCCACCAGGAUCCGUCGGUCCGACAGGAAACGUUGGUCCACCUGGACCAAGUGGACCGUUUGGCCCACAGGGUACUUUUGGAGCUAUGGGAACAGGGGGUCCACCUGGCCCUAAUGGACCAACAGGGUCGCAAGGACUAGAUGGUCCACCAGGAACAGGGGGUCCUCCAGGAACUUUUGGUCCAUCAGGUACAGGAGGUCCGCCUGGAACAAAAGGUCCCCCGGGUACUAAAGGUCCACCAGGAACGCUUGGUCCACCAGGGACCUUCGGACCGCCUGGAAGUGGAGGUCCUCCGGGAACAUCGGGUCCUCCAGGUACAGUUGGUCCCCCGGGAACAAUUGGUCCUCCUGGAACAUUCGGGCCACCGGGUACAUACGGACCCCCUGGAACUACAGGACCACCAGGAACGGCUGGUCCACCAGGAACAGGGGGACCACCAGGAACCUCUGGUCCACCAGGAACAAGUGGACCUCCGGGUACAAUGGGCCCGCCAGGAACAAUAGGACCACCAGGAACAGGAGGUCCACCUGGAACAGGAGGGCCUCCAGGAACGUCAGGUCCCCCGGGAUCAGGAGGUCCGCCAGGGACAUCUGGACCCCCAGGUACAGUUGGACCACCAGGUACAAUUGGUCCACCAGGAACGGGCGGACCUCCAGGUACGAGUGGUCCACCAGGAUCGGGAGGUCCACCAGGAACAGGAGGACCACCAGGAACAGUAGGUCCACCGGGGACUAUAGGCCCACCAGGAACAGGGGGUCCGCCGGGAACAGGAGGUCCACCUGGAACAGGAGGCCCGCCAGGUACCGGAGGUCCUCCUGGAACAGGCGGUCCACCAGGAACAGGAGGUCCACCGGGAACUAUAGGUCCACCGGGAACAGGAGGUCCACCAGGAACAGGAGGUCCACCCGGAACCGGUGGUCCGCCAGGCACAGGUGGACCACCUGGAACAGGAGGGCCACCCGGCACAGAAGGACCACCCGGUACUAUAGGUCCACCAGGCACAGGAGGUCCGCCAGGAACAGGAGGGCCUCCAGGAACAGGAGGACCACCAGGUACAGGUGGGCCACCAGGUACUGGAGGUCCACCAGGAACGAUAGGCCCACCUGGUACAGGAGGUCCUCCAGGAACAGUCGGCCCGCCAGGAACUGGAGGUCCACCAGGAACAGGUGGACCACCAGGAACAGGAGGCCCGCCAGGUACUGAAGGUCCGCCCGGAACUGAAGGUCCACCUGGAACAAUAGGACCACCGGGCACACACGGACCGCCAGGUACUGGGGGACCACCCGGGACUGGCGGACCACCAGCCACUGGAGGCCCACCUGGAACUGUAGGUCCGCCCGGUACAAUAGGUCCACCCGGGACUAUUGGGCCACCGGGAACGCAUGGUCCGCCUGGAACAGGAGGGCCUCCGGCAACAGGAGGACCCCCAGGUUCUGGAGGACCACCAGGAUCAGUUGGACCGCCAGGAACAAAAGGCCCUCCAGGAACAAUUGGUCCUCCGGGACUUGAAGGGACGCUAGGAAUACCCGGUCCUCCGGGGACAGGGGGUCCUCCGGGAAUGUUUGGAACUACAGGACCACCAGGAAUCCUUGGAGAAUUGGGGUCAGCGGGCCCCCCUGGCACAACGGCACCACCUGGGACGGAAGGGCCACCUGGAACACCAGGCGUACGAGGACCACCAGGGAAAAGAGGGGAAACUGGAAGCCUUGGUCCCCAAGGCUUGUUCGGGCCAAUUGGCACCCCUGGUCCAUCUGGAGUUACGGGAACGAAGGGGCAGGUAGGUCCACGUGGAACCCCAGGUCCUGGUACAGCCGGUCCCCCAGGAUCAGUAGGGCCUAAAGGAGAGCGUGGAAAUCAAGGUCCUCCUGGAGAUGAUGGCACAAAAGGAGGCCCUGGUCUCCCGGGCGUACGGGGAAUGACAGGAAACAUUGGUUCCCCGGGACAACUAGGACCAGCAGGUAGCUCCGGUGUUCCUGGACCGCCCGGGAAUCAGGGCAUCGCAGGAUCUAAUGGUGCCAAGGGCCGGACAGGGUUUGGUGGACCUCCCGGAGAUUCUGGCGACACUGGCGUAAAUGGCCCACCUGGAGCAAUUGGUCCACCUGGAGCUGCCGGUGGACAAGGAGCAAUGGGACCAGGAGGCAUUUCUGGCCCACCGGGUGGUCGAGGCAUCGUUGGUCCACCUGGAAAUACUGGAUUCAGUGGAUUAAAUGGUCCACCAGGUGUCUCUGGGUUAAGGGGUCCUAAUGGGCCAAUAGGGCCACCGGGCCAGAUGGGGGCAGUAGCUAAGGCGGUAGUUAUGUUCUUACACCAAGAAGAUUUGGAAGAGGAACAAGCGGCUGGUGUCCAAGCAUCUUUCUAUCAUAUGUUGGGUGCCAUUGGGGUCCUUUUCGUAUUUUGCCUGCUGCUCGUGCUGACUGUACACUGCCGUUUCGUCAGGCGACAGUUUUUGAUCAACAAAGCCAAACAAGACGACGUUGAGCGUAAACUGGAGUUACGGACAUUCUCUGUAACAUGACACGUGGAUAAACCAGUUUCAUUUUGAAAUACUGUAUAUUUAUUGAACUGUCUCAUAAAUCCAAAUAUAAAAUAAAACAUAUUUAUUCAAACUCAACAAUUAUGCAUUGGGAAGAUCAUCGAGGCUCUGCGCCAACUUUGAAUGACAUUCCGUCCAUAUAAUUAUUGAUAAGUAUUCUUCCUUCUUUUCAAUCUGAAUGUCUUUUUUAAUGUAAUAAUCGAAUACUAGUAGUUAACUUUUCUAUUUUGGAUAAUUUCAUUAGAAGGCCCGGGUCUAAAUUUUCGACUUUGAUGCGAAUCACACAUGAUGGC